AUGGGUGUCUCUUCCUUCAUGGACAAGAUCAAGCCUGGGAAACCGGAGUCCCAGUUCUCCUCCCAGGCUGCUACUCCAGCCCGUGCCGACUCGACCACCGCUGAGAAGGAUGGCCUUACUCUCGAUGACAGUCCUGUCAAGUACCUGACCUGGCGGUCUUUCAUCCUCGGUCUCUGUGUCUCGAUGGGUGGUUUCAUUUUCGGAUACUCCACUGGUCAAAUCUCGGGUUUCACUACUAUGAUCGACUUCAAGCAGCGCUUUGCUGAGUACAAUGCCGCCACCGGAGAGUAUGUGUUCAGUAACGUUCGCAACGGACUGAUUGUCGGCCUGCUCUCUAUCGGAACCAUGAUUGGUGCCCUAGUUGCUGCUCCCAUUGCCGACCGCAUUGGCCGCAAGCUCUCUAUCUCCUUCUGGGCCCUCAUUCACAUCGUCGGUAUUAUUGUGCAGAUUGCCACCACUGACAAGUGGUACCAGGUUGCCCUUGGCCGUUGGGUUGCUGGUCUGGGUGUCGGUGCGCUCUCCAGCGUUGUUCCCAUGUACCAGUCCGAGUCUGCCCCUCGCCAGGUCCGUGGUGCCAUGGUCAGUGCUUUCCAACUGUUCGUCGCCUUCGGUAUCUUCAUCUCCUACAUCGUCAACUUCGGCACCGAGACCCUGAAGAACGAUGCUUCGUGGCGCAUCACCAUGGGCAUUGGAUUUGCCUGGCCCUUGAUCCUCGGUAUCGGUACCCUUUUCCUGCCCGAGUCCCCUCGUUACGCCUACCGCCACGGCCGUACCGAAGAAGCCCGCGAGGUUAUGUGCAAGCUCUACGGUGUUCCCCACAACCACCGCGUCGUUGCUCAGGAGAUGGCCGACAUGAAGCUGAAGCUCGAGGAAGAGCUCGCUAGCGGCAACGCUCCCUGGCAAGAAGUUUUCACCGGUCCUCGCAUGAUGCACCGUAUCUUGCUCGGUAUCGCUCUCCAGUCCCUGCAGCAGCUAACUGGUGCCAACUUCAUCUUCUACUAUGGAACCAGUAUCUUCCAGGGUAUCGGUUUGAGCAACUCGUACGUCACUUCCAUCAUUCUCGGUGCCGUCAACUUCGGUAUGACUCUGCCUGGUCUGUACAUUGUCGAACAUUAUGGUCGCCGCAAGUGUCUGAUGUACGGUGGCGCCUGGAUGUUCGUUUGCUUCAUGAUCUGGGCCUCCGUCGGCCAUGAGAUCCUGAACAGCAACCCCUCCUCCCACCCCGCUGGUGUCGCCAUGAUUGUCUUCACCUGCUUCUUCAUUGUCGGCUUCGCCACCACCUGGGGUCCUAUUGUCUGGGCCAUCUGUGGUGAGAUGUACCCCUUCAAGUACCGUGCUGUCUGCAUGGGUGUUGCUACCGCCGCCAACUGGACCUGGAACUUCUUGAUCUCCUUCUUCACCCCCUUCAUUUCCAACACCAUCGACUUCCGCUACGGCUACGUCUUCGCCGCCUGCUGCUUCCUCGCCAUCCUCGUUGUCUUCUUCUUUGUCAACGAGACCCAGGGUCGUACCCUCGAGGAGGUCGACACUAUGUACGUUCUUCACGUGAAGCCCUGGAAGUCAGCCAGCUGGGUUGCCCCCGAGGGUAUCAUUGAUGACAUGCACCGUCCUUCCGUUUCAGGCCCUAAGGAGGGUGAGGCUGCGACUGGCGAGCACCACCACGACGCGUCCCACGAGAUUCGUGAGAACUAA